CCACAGCAUGGCUGCUCCACAUCUACCAAGUUUAGCGGGAUAAUUACAAAAGCACUGGGCGAUCAAGAUGCUGUGAAAGAGAUGCAACAAGUCGAGAACAUUCAGGUUGAAAAUGGAGCCAGCAUUCACGAGCGUCAGGCUAAAGGUGGCUGUGCUGUUUCUGGUGACAAUUCAGCUGAGAACAGAGGCGAUGCAGAUAACAUCCACGGGGUCGCAGACCAUUCAGUAUGCAACAGGAACGACUGUUAAACUGGGAUGCACCUAUACUCCAGCCGCAGCAGACACAGGACCGCUGGAUAUUGAGUGGUCCAACGUCAGUCCGGACAUGACACAGAAGGACAAAGUGAUCUUAUCAUAUUCAGGUGGCCAGACCCACUACAUGGACAACAGCUUCUCCAAAAGGUUCAGUUUCACAGGGAACCCCGACCAGGGAGAUGCUUCGAUCUCUAUCACUGGUGUGACAGUCUCAGACACCGCCACAUACCAGUGCAAAGUCAAGAAGCUCCCAGGCAUCGACACGAGAAAAAUCACACUGGUGGUGUUGGUUCCCCCAUCGACGCCAAAGUGUUGGGUUGAAGGUGGUGAGGAGAAAGGAAGCACAGUCUCCCUCCGCUGCAUAUCCCGUCAGGGAUCCGCUCCCAUCAGCUACGUGUGGACGAGAGAAAACGGAGCUGCAAUGCCAUCCACUGCUACUCAAAACCAACAGAGUGGGGAGCUUCUGAUAAAGAACCAUACAGACAGCAACACUGGAACUUAUGUCUGCGAGGCAGCAAACGCUGUGGGCAAAGGGCAGUGUAAAUACGUACUGCGUGCAUACAACCCUACCAAUAAAGCAGGUGUGAUAGCCGGCGCGGUGAUAGGCGCUCUGCUGCUUCUGCUGCUCCUCCUGCUUCUCAUCUGGCUCCUCAUCUGCUGCUGCCACAAGCGUCGCUACCAGAAGGAGGUCGCGAAUGAAAUAAGGGAGGACGUGCAGGCCCCGGAGAGCAGGCCCCCCAGCAGGAACUCCAGCAUGCACUCCAGCCGGCACUCCAGCCUCCGCUCGGUGAUGGGAUACCGCACUCACCACGGCGUCAUCUACAGUUCCGUAAGGGGCAAUCUGCCUACGGUCAGCGAAUCGGGCCCAAUCUUCACAAAUGGAAGCAAUGGGUCGACCACAGGAGGGGAGAUACCCGCUCACCUCACAUAUGACCCUAAAUAUGGAUACGCCGUGUGACCACAAAC